CAAACCCUGUUCUCAGAGUCUAUCCUUCACUUCAAACUUGCAACCCCAACAGAAUGAUGCUAUCUAGUCUGCGUUACCAGUGGGUUUUGUUAAUAUUCUUUCGUGGGAUUCUUUUCUUGUGUAUGAGCUCAUGUUUGAAAUCUGCAACAGUUCCGGCUUUUGCAAAUGAGACAGAUCACCUAGCUUUACUUGACUUCAAGAAUCGGAUCACUAAAGACCCACUUCAAAUCAUGAGCUCCUGGAAUGGCUCCACACAUUUCUGCAACUGGUUAGGUGUUACAUGUAGCCCCUCCAGUAAACGAGUCAUGGUUUUGAACUUGACAGCUAAAAAAUUGACUGGCUCCAUACCACCCUCUAUAGGAAAUCUUACUUACCUCACUAGAAUCAGCCUAGGCAACAACAACUUCUAUGGUGAAAUUCCUCAAGAAGUGGGACGUCUACAUCAUCUGCAGCUUCUCGGUUUGAAUUCGAAUUCCAUUGGUGGUAAAGUCCCGACUAAUCUAAGCUAUUGUACACAACUUAGGGUGCUUAAUGCUACUUACAACAAUCUAAUUGGGCAGAUUCCAGACCACCUUAGCUCAUUGUCAAAGUUGGUGUAUCUAUAUCUUGGAGUAAACAACCUUACGGGAAAUAUCCCAGCUUGGAUUGGAAACUUUUCUUCUUUGUAUGGCCUUGGUCUUUCCAGGAACAAUUUUCAAGGAAGCAUACCUAGUGAACUUGGCCGUCUACCACGCUUGGGAUUUUUUCAGCUUGCUGAGAAUUAUUUGUCCGGUACCAUACCUCCUCUGAUCUUUAAUAUUUCUUCCAUAUACUAUUUCUCUGUUGCUAAAAACCAACUACAUGGAAGUCUUCCACCAGAUCUUGGUCUUACUCUUCCUAAUCUUCAAAUAUUUUAUUGCACUUAUAACAAUUUCACGGGACCUAUUCCCGCAUCGUUGUCUAAUGCUUCUCAACUGAUGCAUCUUUCCUUUGGUGACAAUUGUCUAACUGGGACAGUGCCUCAAAGUCUAGCAAGCUUGCAAAGCUUGGUUAGACUUUAUUUUUCUCAAAAUAAACUUGGAUAUGGGAAAGAUGAAGACCUGAAUUUUCUCAGUUUCUUGGCUAAUUGUACUAGUUUGGAGGGCUUGGCUCUCAAUAAUAAUUAUUUUGGAGGAGUAUUGCCCAGCUCUGUAGCCAACCUUUCAACCCAACUACAACUUCUUACUUUGGGUGGGAAUAUGAUCCAUGGUGACAUCCCUAUUGGGAUUGGGAACCUCGUUAACUUGGAAGUUCUAGUGUUAGAAGAUAACUAUUUGGGAGGUACUCUCCCUCAUGUUAUUGGGAAGCUUCAAAACUUAACUGAAUUAUAUUUGGGUUAUAAUAAAAUUUUUGGGCCAAUCCCUUCAUCCUUGGGUAACUUAAAAAAAUUGACAGAACUCUAUAUGGAGGGGAAUAGAUUUGAGGGAAGGAUACCCCCAAGCUUAGGAAACUGCCAAAAUUUGCUUUUACUGGACCUUUCUCAUAACAAUCUCUCUGGCACCAUACCAAAAAAAGUUAUGGGUCUUUCAUCCCUUUCAAUUUUUUUGGACUUGUCAUAUAAUUUUUUAACAGGAGCAUUACCUUUUGAAGUGGGCAACUUGAUACAUCUUGUCAAAUUAGAUCUCUCGAAAAAUAGAUUAUCAGGAAAAAUUCCCACCACUCUUGAGACUUGUGUUGGUUUGGAGCACUUGUAUUUGGACAAUAAUUCAUUUGAGGGAGCAAUUCCUCGAUCCUUGAAGAACUUAAGAGGUUUAGAAGAUAUAGAUCUUUCUUGUAAUAAAUUAUCUGGGAAUAUUCCUAAAUAUCUUAGCAAGCUUGUGUCUCUUAAGCAUCUUAAUCUUUCUUAUAAUGAUUUUGAGGGUGAAGUGCCAAGUGAAGGAAUUUUUGCAAAUGCAAGCACAAUUUCAGUCUUUGGAAAUGAUAAGUUAUGUGGUGGUGUCCCAGAAUUACAUUUAUCUUCAUGCUCAAGCAAACAUCCUAAAUUUUAUGGGAAGCUCCUUGCACUCGGAAUAAUAAUUCCAGUCACUUGUAUAAUCAUAUUUGUACUUCUUCUGAUGUAUUUUUUUCCAACAUGUUCUAUUAUGAAAAAUUUAAGGGAGGGAGCGUUAAGUAAGUCUUCUUUUGAAGAUUGGCAAUUUCCUAUCUCUUAUGCUGAACUCUUAGAAUCAACCAACGGGUUUUCUGAGAACAACUUGAUUGGUUCGGGUAGCUUUGGCUCUGUAUACAAAGGAGUUCUUUCUAGAAAUGGAGCAAUUGUUGCAAUCAAAGUAUUGAACCUUCAACAACAAGAAGCUUCCACAAGUUUCAUUAAUGAAUGCAAUGCUUUGAGAAGUAUACGCCAUCGCAAUCUCCUCAAGAUUUUCUCUGCUUGCUCUAGCAUUGAUCAUAAAGGGAAUGACUUUAAGAGUCUAAUUUUUGAGUUCAUGUGCAAUGGAAGUCUAGACCAGUGGUUGCAUCCAAAAAAUGAUGAGCGACAUCAAAGAAACAAAUUAAGCUUUAUUCAGAGACUAAAUAUAGCCAUUGAUGUUGCUUAUGCAUUGGAAUAUCUUCAUCAACAUUGCCAAACGCCAAUUGUUCACUGUGAUAUUAAACCAAGCAAUAUUCUCCUUGAUGAAGAUAUGGUAGCCCAUGUUGGUGAUUUCGGAUUGGUGAGGUUCCUCUUUGAAGCAUCUAAUAAUCCCUCCAAAACUCAAACCCUGUCAGUUGGACUAAAGGGUUCCAUUGGGUACAUUCCUCCAGAGUAUGGGAUGGGUGGCCAAAUUUCAACAUUGGGAGACAUUUUCAGUUAUGGGAUACUCUUGUUAGAGAUGUUCACUAGGAAAAAACCUAUUGACGAAAUGUUCAUAGAUGGUUUGAGCAUUCACAGGUUCACUUCAAUGGCUUUGCCAGAACAUGUAAUGGAUAUAGUUGACCCAUCAAUGUUCUUUGAGGAGGAUGGAGAAGAUGUUGGUGAUGAGAGAAACGAAGAUGACAUUGAAGACAGAGCAAUAAUUGAAGAAGUGCCCCAUCUCAAUGUUAGUAGCAGAAUAAAAGAUUGCUUGAUAUCAGUGUUUGAAAUUGGAUUGUCAUGUUCUACAACAUCAUAUGAUGAGCGGAUGCCAACAAAUGUUGUUGUCAAUGAAAUGAAUGCAAUUAGAGACACAUAUCUUAAAUUUAAGAAGGGAAACAGAAGAAGAAUGAACUAGCAUGGCCGGAUUGGAUGGAAUUGAAGUAAUGAACCCCCUUGAUUGAGUAAUAUUUCCGCUGUGUUCUUAGUGUACACAUAUGCUGCCUCAGCCAUUGUCAUUGCUUUCCAUUUUCAAGGUUAUUUAGAUCAAUGCCACCCUGUUAUUUGUCAAUGACAUUUCUUAAACCAUAUUACUAUAUUUAUUGUUUUUAUCAUGGAUUGUACGAUUGCUCCUUUAAUUGUAAUAUGUGUUUCAUACACUAUUCCUUACUGUUCUUCUUAACUUGGAAAUGUUUGAGGGCAGGUUAGCAGGUAAUAACAGUUCAUGGGACCUAUUUUUGUGUCA